AUGGCCUCCUGCUUCUGGAGUGGUGCUGCGCCGCAAGCAUGGGCGAUGGGAGGUGCUCCUCCAAUGGCGGCGAUGGCAGCAGGGAUGGGCAUCGAUGCAGCUGUUGCCAGCGAAGGCCAUCCAGCCGUUCUGUUCCGGGUUCUUCCCCCCACCCUAUCUUUCCCCAACCUCCCUUCAGGCACUCGUCAUGGCACGAUCGGCAGCAAAGGCCAUCCAACCGUUCUGUUCCGAGUUCUUUCCCCCACUCUCCCCUCUGUCUCCCAACCUCCCUUCAGGCACUCGUCAUGGCACGAGGGGCAGCAACGGCCAUCCGACCCCUCUGUUCCCGGUUCUUCACCCCCUGCGUCUGCCACCGCUGCUACCGCCAGCACCACAGCCACGACCAUCAACACCACUAGCAGCGCCGGCGGUUCAGCUGCCGGUGCAGCGCCUGCCGCUGCUGCUGCUGCCGCUGCUGCUACUUCUGCACCUGCAGCUGCUCCUGCUGCUGCUCCUCCUCUUCCUCCUGCUGCUGCGGGCAGUGCGGGCAGCCUGCCCCCAGUGGCAGCGUCGGCACCGCGGCUGAGCGCACCGGACGACGGGUACCACUGGCACAAGUACGGACAGAAGUGCCUCAUGGAGCGCGAAUACGCCAGAUACACCAUUGGUUGCACCGCAAAGAAGACCAUCGACCAUCCCCUCGUGCGAGCAGCAAUUUCUGAAGCAUCUAAAGAACCCUCCGUCGCCUCCCCCUCUCCUCCCUCCCCCUUCUCCUCCCCCCUCUUUCCCUCUCUCCACCAGGGCGUAUUUCCGCUGAUGAAUGGUGGCAGAGAGAAGGAAAGGGGAGAGGAAGAAGAGGAGGGAAGGGUGGGUGGUGGGAGGAGUGAGAUGUGUGAGGAUGGUGUGGAAAGAGAUAGAAGCCUUGAUAGGAGUGAGGGUGGUGGGAGGAGUGAGGGUGGUGGGAGGAGUGAGGGUGGUGGGAGGAGUGAAGGUGGUGGGAGGAGUGAGGGUGGUGGGAGGAGUGAAGGUGGUGGGAGGAGUGAGGGUGGUGGGAGGAGUGAGAGUAGUGGAAGGUGCGAGAGUGGUGGGAGGUGUGGGAGUGGUGAGCGGGGCGGGAGGAGGGAGAGCGAUGGGAGGAGGGAGAGUGAUGGGAGGAGGGAGAGCGAUAGGAGGAAAGAGAGCGGUGGGAGGGGAGAGAGUGGUGGGAGGAGGGAGAGCCCGUACAUGGAAGAGAGUGAGAGGGAGGAAGAGAUAGGGACAGCCAAAACGAAGGGCGGAGCCAAGGGGAAGGACGGAAGCGGGGAGGGUGGCGGCAUGGGGGAAGUCGGAGGCAUGGGGGAGGGCGGCGGCACGGGGGAGGGCGGAGGCUUGGGGGAGGGCGGAGGCUUGGGGGAGGGCGGAGGCUUGGGGGAGGGCGGAGGCUUGGGGGAGGGCGGAGGCUUGGGGGAGGGCGGAGGCUUGGGGGAGGGGGGACCCAUGCAUAGGGGCCAAGCCAUGGGGGAGGGCGGAGUAAUGGGCGGGUAUUGGGCAAUGGGGGAUGGCGGAGCAACACAAGGGUUGACAGGGAUGGAUGGAUGUAGAGAGAUGGUAGGAGGAGGGGAGGUGAAGGAAGAGGAGGACAAUGAGGAUAGCGAUAUGGUGGGGCGGGGGGUUAGAGGGGGUGGAGGGGGGAGAGUGGAGCGAGGGAGUGAGGGGAGAGGAGUGGGGCACGGGAGUGAGGGACGGGGAGUGGGGCGGGGGAAUGGUAGUGGGGUAGUGGGGCGGCGGAGUGAGGGGGAGGGAGUGGGAGGCGCGAGGUGGCUGCAGCAGCAGCAGCUUCUGCUGCCGGUGCUUCAGCCUCCCAUGCACCCCAACCCACUCGCUGCUCUUAACCCACUCUCUUGGCCUUCCCAGCAACCUCUCCCCCACUCCACCUUUCCUAAUCCUUUUGGCGCAUUCCCCUCCGCCACACCCCCAUUUCCCUCCUCCACACCCCCAUUCCCCUCCGCCACACCCCCAUUUCCCUCCUCCACACCCCCAUUUCCCUCCUCCACACCCCCAUUUCCUUCCUACACACCCCCAUUCCCCUCCUCCACACCCCCAUUCCCAUCCUCCACACCUCAAUUCCUCUCGGCCUACAAUCAAGCCCUUCAGAUGUAUCUCACACAGCAAGCACCCAUCCCCUCUCCAUACCAGAACGUGACUCCUCCCGCAACAGACGAUGGUCCCUCCGCUGCGCCUAAAGCGGAGGCCGCGGCUCCGUCAUCCGCCUCCGCUGCAGCAACCGAUGCUGGCGCCGCCUCUGCUACCGCAGGCGACUCCGCACCUCCAACAGCCGGCAAAUCCGCGUCCGGAGGAUCCAAAAAAGCGGGCAACUUGACGGCGAACGUGCUCGGGCGGCCGGCGGAGGACGUGAAGAACCACUUCACAAUCGGGCGCGAGUUGGGUCGAGGCCAGUUCGGCGUAACCUAUCUCUGCACGGACAAGAGCACGGGCGAGCAGUACGCGUGCAAGUCCAUCGCGAAGCGCAAGCUCGUCACCGCGGAGGACGUGGAGGACGUCAAGCGCGAGGUCGCGAUCAUGCACCACCUCGUCGACCACCCGAACGUCGUUAAAAUGAAGGGCGCGUACGAGGACAAGCAUUCGGUCCACAUCGUCAUGGAGCUCUGCGCGGGUGGAGAGCUCUUCGAUCGGAUCAUCGCGCGCGGGCAUUACAGCGAGCGCGCCGCGGCGACGCUGAUCCGCACGGUGGUGUCGGUCGUGGAGUACUGCCACGCCAAUGGCGUCAUGCAUCGCGACCUCAAGCCCGAGAACUUCCUCCUCGCCAGCAAGAAGGAGGACGCGCCGCUCAAGGCCACUGACUUCGGCCUCUCCAUCUUCUACAAGCCAGGUGAGCUGGUCGCUGCUAGAUUGGAUGGUAGAAAUGGUGUUCCGAGUUUACUUUUGAGUCAUGCAAAAGUCAACGCGCCGCUCAAGGCCACUGACUUCGGCCUCUCCAUCUUCUACAAGCCAGGCGAAACGUUUUCCGACAUCGUGGGCAGCGCGUACUACGUGGCACCCGAGGUUCUUCGACGAAAGUACGGGCCGGAGGCGGACGUGUGGAGUUGCGGCGUCAUCCUCUACAUCCUGCUCUGCGGCGUGCCGCCCUUCUGGGCCGAGUCGGAGCAGGGCAUUUUUGACGCGGUGCUGAAGGGCCACAUCGACUUCUCCUCCGACCCCUGGCCGCUCAUCUCGUCGUCCGCCAAGGACCUCAUCAAGCGCAUGCUCAAGCAGGACAUCAAAGACCGCAUGUCGGCGCGCGAAGUACUGCAGCACCCGUGGGUGAAGGUGGACGGAGAGGCGUCGGACGUGCCUCUGGACUCGGCGGUGCUCACGAAGCUGAAGCAGUUCUCCGCCAUGAACAAGAUGAAGCGCCUCGCUCUCAAGGUCAUCGCAAGCCACAUGUCGGAGGAGGAGAUCAUGGGGUUGAAGGAGAUGUUCAAGAGCAUCGAUGAGGACGGCAGCGGGUCGAUCACGUUUGAGGAGCUCAAGGAGGGGCUGAAGAAGAUGGGGAGUAACAUGCCCGAGGAGCAAGUGCGGCAGCUCAUGGAGGCGGCUGACGUGGACAACAGCGGGACGAUAGACUACCAGGAGUUCAUAACGGCCACCAUCCACAUGAACAAGGUGGAGAAGGAGGAGAACCUCUUCCAGGCCUUCCAACACUUUGACGCUGAUGGCAGCGG